AUGGAAGACGGUGAAAUGGCUGCGGUGCAGCAAGACUUGCUGGGAGACUCCGAUGCUAACAAGCCCAUUGAUGCCGCUGUUAAAGAGGAAGCAGUGAAAGAGGAAGAAGAAACUGCUGACGCUUCAGAGGAUCAAAAGCCGAAUGAAAAUGGGCAGAUAUCUGUUGCUGAUGAUGACAAAACUGUGACUUUGGCAAGUGAUGUUCCUAUGACUGACACUCCAGCUUUGCCUGAUGAGAAAACUGCUGCGGAUCAAAAUACUAAUCAGCAAGUGGCGGAAGAGAAAACUGACGGAGAUGAUGGCUCCCACGUUCAAAAUCAGCCACAAACGGCUACUCCAUCUACCCCAAGGAGGUAUUCAUCUCCUAGAACAAAGCAUGAUAAUGCGGCAAAGCCCAAAAAUAUAUGGACUGAUAUUAAGAUGGGGGAGGCUGAUGUUGCCGGCACCCCAGAGGAGCGAGCUGCAUUCAUGAAGGAGCUGGAAACUUUUUAUAAGCAGAAUAGCUUGGAUUUCAAACCCCCUAAGUUUUAUGGAGAGCCAUUAAACUGUCUGAAGACCUGCACGACGGUGUCUUGGACGUUCCGUAUUUUCUAUGAGAAGGCACUUCUGGAAUAUGAAAAGAAUAAGAGGGAAACUGGUGAGCUUCAACUUCCCAGUUCACCCCUGCUUCUGGCUACCACUGUUGAAAAGGAGAUGAUAGAGUCUGUUACACUGGAUGAAAAUGGGGAUGAUAAUUCCUGGCGUAUUGCUGAAUGUGAAAUCUGCGUGCACCAAUUUAUGGAUGCUUCUGUGAAGGCAAGAAGGGAUGCUGCUGCUCGUGCUAUGCAAGGUUGGCAUGCUCAGCGUCAUCUUGGACAUGGUGAGGUUAGCGAGCCGAUUGUUAAGGUCAAGAGCUUGAAUUUUGCAAGACGUGAAAAGCCUCUGAAAAGUAUUGGUUUGCACAAACAGAAGACAGAUGAGAGACCUACGAAUGCUGAAACAGAUAAGGAAGUGGAUGCUGAAAUUAUUGAUAUUGGGCCCCCUGCUGACUGGGUGAAGAUCAAUGUGCGGGAAAGUAAAGAUUGCUAUGAGAUAUAUGCUUUAGUCCCUGGACUUCUGCGUGAAGAGGUCCGAGUACAAUCAGAUCCUGUAGGACGUCUGGUUAUAACAGGUCAACCAGAGCAGCUAGACAAUCCUUGGGGUAUAACACCGUUUAAGAAGGUUGUGAGCUUACCUUCGAGAAUCGAUCCGCUUCAGACAUCUGCUGUUGUUAGCUUGCACGGGCGACUCCACAUACGUGUCCCGUUUGAGCACGGAUCUGCUUGA